AUGAAGGAAAGAAAACGGAAGAAGAAUGUGGCUAAAGAGAUGCAGAUUGAAGGUUGUGGGUUCAAGGAACUAUGGUGGUGGUGGAUUCAAGGCGGCGGCGAUGGUUUCAACAGCAGUGGUUACAUCAUCAUGAAGACUCGAGAUUCAGAAACUGAACAGACAUAGAAGGUGAAUGAUUUAAAAUUUUUGAAUGGAAAUGGUAACAAUGGUUUGACACCGCCACCUACAUCAUCGCCGCUACAACCUCUCUAUUGUUACCUCAUGCAGCCCAUUUCGAUCUUUAGUUAUUCCAUGAGAUCCAAGAAGACCAGCAACCGCAAAUUCUUCAUGAAGUAGGAGUAUGCACUUUUUGAAGAAUGUACGCCAAAAGCCAUUUUUUUAUCCCUGCAAAAACAAACGUGGUUCUUUUGUUAGAGCGGCAAUAAAUUGCAGGAAGUUAAUCCAACCGUGGAAGGAAGGUCAAAGUAUCCAUAUAGAGAUGAUGAGGUGGAAAGAAAUUUUUGAAGAGAAAGAAAGGGAAGAAGAUAAGUAAAGAAAAGUUGUAGAUCUUUUGACUUUUUAAAGGAAGUGAAAACACGUUGCAAUCCAU